AUGGAGUGUGGAAAUGUAACAUCAGUGUUUGAACAUUUUGAACUUGUGGGAUUCAUAUAUCCCAAAGAGCUAAAGUUCCCGUUGCUCACCUUCUUUUCCCUCAUGUAUAUAUUAUCUCUUUCUGGAAAUGGCUUGAUCCUUCUAGUGGUAGCCCUGGAACCUCAUUUGCACAAGCCUAUGUACUGGUUCCUCUGCCAUCUGUCUGUGUUGGAUAUGAUGAUCUGCUCAGUGGUGGUGCCCAAGAUGAUUUUUUGGCUGAUAGAGGGCAAUGGGGUCAUCUCCGUCACAGGUUGUGUGUCCCAGCUCUUCCUCUUUCACUUCCUGGGCUGCACAGAAUGCUUCUUGUACACCGUGAUGGCCUUUGAUCGCUUCCUGGCCAUCUGCAAACCACUCCACUACGGCACCAUCAUGAACCAUCAGAUUUGCUUCAACUUCUCUAUUGGCAUCUGGUUUGGAGGCUGCCUGCACUCUAUGGUACAUACCUACCUCACCUUCCAUUUGCCAUAUGGACGGGGGAACCAGGUGAACUACAUCUUCUGUGACAUCCCAGCUGUGCUGAAGCUGGCCUGUGGAGACACAUCCUUCCAUGAGCUGGUGACUUUUGUUGACAUUGGGAUUGUGUCUUUGGUUUCCUUCCUCCUGAUCCUCACAUCCUACAUGUAUAUCAUUUGUGCCAUCCUGAGGAUUCCCACUGCUACAGGGAGACACCGUGCCUUCUCCACCUGCACAGCCCAUAUCACUUUGGUGGUGAUAUUCUAUGUCCCUGUGGUUUACAACUACCUGCGUCCACCAUCUCAGGACUCCCUUGAUGGGACCAUUGCUGUGUUCUACACAGCGGUGACACCAUUCUUAAACCCUCUCAUAUACACUCUGAGGAACAAUGAGAUGAAAGUUGGUGUGAAGAAAUUGUGCAGUAGGAAACCACAGCACUCCCUUAACCAUGUGAGAUCAUCUUCUUGA